GGCCCCCUCCCGCUCUCUUGGCGAUUUUCUCUUUCCCUUCUCAUCACUCACCACACUCUCUUUAAAUCCAACUACAAGCUGUCUUGACGACACUGCUUCAAGCAAACCCACCCUCUCUUACCAACCAAUUUACGCGUAUCAGCCCGGUGCUCUUUUGCCCAACGCCUUCUUUCAGUAAUCAAUUUUACGAAUCAAAUCCUCAAACCGCCAAAAUGCAGUUCUCUACUCUCUUCACUCUUGCCGCCGGCGCUGCCGUUGCCGUUGCUCAGAGCACCUCCACUCUGACUUCCACGACAACCUCAACCAUGACCGUCACUCAGUGCCCUGAGACUGUCACGAACUGCCCUUACCGCACUCCUACCGCUCCUGCGACCACCAGCGAGGCUGUUACCACCUCUGCUGCUCCCACCACCUCGGCCGUUGAGACCACUGUUGCCCCGACUUCCACCCACUACCCCAUCUGGACUGUCUCCAACAGCACCUCUGCCACUGCCGCUGGCACCAACCCCGUCGGCACCGCUGCUCCUACCACCAUUGUCAGCGUUCCCGUUGGCACUGGCUCUGGCUCUCUGCCCACCGGCCCCUCUGGUGCUGGUGCUCCUCCUGCUGGCACUACCUCUCCCACCGUUCCCACCAGCGGCGCCGCCAAGAUGGUCCAGUCCGGCUCCAUCGUUGCCGCCGUGGCUGCUGCCUUUGCCCUGGUCUUCUAAGCUCGCAGCUUGCUUUUCUACUCGGAGCUCAAAAGCUCCACAAUUUUUAAAUAUUCUAUUCUGUCACUCGUUAUCUUACAAAAGAAAUUUAUUCUAUGGGGAAGGACGUUUGGUGUCUUUUUUUAAAUUGGCGGAUACAAGGUGAAUAGAUUACGAUUAAGUUGGGUCGAUACCCGGUGUUUUUUGGACUUCACUUCUACGCUCUGGAUGAGCGGGCUGGUGCUUCUUGACGAACAGUUGUCGAAGCACCAGAUGGGCGCAUGAAUGCAGCAAGGCCUUUUUGGUGGCCUGACUGCGACGAACGCUUUUUUUUUU